AUGACUGCCCUGUAUGUCAUCUUGUGUUUAAGUCCAGUGUGAGUGUGAUUCUUUUUCUAAGUGUCAUAACUGUUGAAAAUUAAUCUGCAAGUGUAAGGUGCCAGACACCGACUCUGAAGUGUCACGUAGGAAGAAGCCUAAACAGGUUAUGUAUUAAACUAUCUAACAUCUUAAAGUCUGUAACACAUGGCACUGUUGCUGGGGGCUUGGUCUACCCAAUUGCAGUGACGCCCCCAAAACUGUUGCACAAGCUGGUUGGCUAGGAGGAAACUCCACGUGCGAUACCCUUCCCCCAUAACACACAUAGACACUGCUGUUAAAGGGAAAGCGGUCUGUUUGUUGAGGAACGCAGUCAUGGACAGUUCAAUUAAAGCACCAAUUAAAUAUUCAGCGGGAGUGGAAGGAGAUUCGAAAGUAGGUAAAGCGGCUGCUUCUGUUCAAGGCUCCGGUGAUAGUCGGGGCUCCUGCCUGAAGAACAUGCGUUGCUUCAUCCCACCGGACUACCGGCAUGAGCUGGUACAACUUUUCAAGUUAGCGGGACCAGUGAUCAUUUCCCAGUUGAUGGUCUUUAUGAUCAGUUUCGUCAGCACUGUGUUCUGUGGUCACCUGGGGAAAACUGAACUUGCAGCAGUGGCGUUAUCAAUUUCGGUGGUUAAUGUCACCGGCCUUUCCAUUGGCGCUGGUUUGUCGUUAACUUGUGAUACCCUCAUAUCUCAGACAUAUGGGAGCGGUAACUUGAAGCGUGUGGGUGUGAUUCUCCAGAGGGGGGUUCUGAUUCUGCUGCUGGCCUGUUUCCCCUGCUGGGCUAUCCUCAUCAACACUGAACCUCUCCUACUGGCUGUCAAACAGAGCCCAGAGGUUGCCAGUAUCGCCCAGCUGUAUGUGAAGAUCUUCAUGCCUGCUCUGCCGGCUGCCUUUAUGUACCAGCUGCAAGGGAGGUAUCUUCAAAACCAGGGAAUUAUAUGGCCUCAGGUUGUGACAGGAGUGAUCGCAAAUAUCCUCAAUGCAAUCAUCAACUACCUCUUCCUCUACUGUCUGGAUAUGGGCGUUGCUGGAUCUGCUGCAGCCAAUGCUAUCUCACAGUAUUUGCUGGCUGUUAUCUUAUUCGCGUACAUCUGCUGCAGGGGUCUGCACAAGGCCACAUGGGGAGGUUGGACACUGGACUGUCUGCAGGAGUGGGGACCCUUUGUCCGGCUGGCCAUCCCCAGUAUGCUCAUGCUUUGUCUGGAGUGGUGGCUAUUUGAAAUAGGUGGAUUCCUGGCCGGAGUGAUCAGUGAGACUGAGCUGGGAGCUCAUUCUAUAGCUUAUGAGCUGAUGGCCUUAGCUUACAUGUUCCCACUUGGAUUUGCUGCUGCUGCCAGUGUAAGGGUUGGAAAUGCUCUUGGUGCAGGAAACAUAGAGCAGGCCAAACUGUCUUCCAAAGUCCCCAUCAUUUGUGCAUUCAUAGUUGCAUGUUUUGUUGGAUCCAGCAUCAGCCUCGCCAGAAAUGUCAUUGGAUACAUCUUCACAUCAGAGCAAGACAUUUUACAGAGGGUUGCUGACGUCAUGAUCAUAUUGGGCUUAUUGCAUCUUGCUGAUGCUGUUGCGGGUGUGGCUGGAGGGGUUCUCAGAGGAGCAGGGAAACAGUUGAUUGGUGCUCUGUGUAACCUGGUGGGAUACUACUUCAUUGGUUUCCCUAUUGGUGUGUCCCUAAUGUUUGCAGCAAACAUGGGCAUUGUAGGACUGUGGACAGGACUUUGCAUUUGUGUGUUUAUGCAGUUGAUUUUCUAUGCUACAUUUGUGUGCAAGCUCGAUUGGAAGAAGGCUGCUGAAGAGGCUGUUGUGAGAGCAGGAGUCCAGAUCAAAGAAGAAAAUGAGAUGGUUGGGAUGGAAAAUACAGACUCAAAUCAGAACCAGUACCAGGUCAGCGCUACUGCAUCUAGUGGUGAGAUUGCUGAGGUGGACCACGCAUAUCAGGAGGCGCAUAUUGCUGACCAGAAUAAAUCCACUACCACUACAGUGGGAAAUGUUCUGUCAAUAACCCAGCUGGUUUUACGGCGUGGCCUCAUAUUGCUGCUCAUGGUCAUCAUCCUCGUCGCUGGAAUCAUCGCUGACAUCUUCCUCACCAGGCUGCUGAAAUGAGUCAUCCAGUGAUUCAAAGCUUGUUUUCAGACUGAUGGCUGUCAGGAUUGAUAGCAUCCGUCCAUUAAACUAAAUAUAAAUGUUAACGCUGAAUCACCUUGUAAUGAAAUGGUUACUGGUGCUGUUGAUCCCACUGUGGUCGCCCUUCAACGACAAGCUUGGCUGUCCGAUUCCCAGGCCUCUCCAGCCACAUGUCAACGUGUUACUGAGCAAGACACUGAACCCCAAGUUGCAUCCAGGAUUCUGUAUGUCCACUGUUCCUAAUAAUUAUGCCGCCUUCACAUUGGCACAGUAGACACGGCUGCGAAACGACCAGAAGUCAUUCAUUUCCUAGAUUCGCAGGCCGCAUGCGAAUGGGUCCGAACCGAUGCGAACGAGUGUGGUGCAUAAAAAAUCGGGUCCGUUGGUCAUCCGGAUGCAUUAAAAAAGUUGAACUCAUACGACAGGCAACGGACGUUUCCUAUCCAACAAUCCGAGCGGAAGUUAGCGUUGCUAUGGUACUGCUAAACAAAUCUGAAUUCUUAACUUUUAAUCAAAAAAAUAAUGAUUUCAUAAUGAUAUGUUGUCAUGUAAUCGAUUCAUUUUGUAUGAGUAUGUAUUGAGUAUGAGAAAAGUCUGUGCAGAAACAAUGCAUAGGAUACCGGCUAUGGCUAAGUUGAUUAGCAACAGACAUCGAACUAUUGACAUUAUACCACUAUAUCACAUUUAACCAACAUCCUGGCCAACUUUUCUCCACGCUGCAGCCUUUCUGUUUAUAUCUCUAUAGCCCUCAGAUGAGAGUUCAUAGAGAAUUGGACAUUCGGACACUGACAGAAUGAUUCGUUCUAGUCUUUCCGCCAUUUUUUUUCUACUCGCUUCCGACGCUUUCAACGGUGUAGUACGACGUCCACUGGGGGCGCAUUGCGUAUUACAGAGCUGACUUCAAGUGCCAGUGUGAAGGCGGUGUUAGGAUGGGUUAAAUGCAGUAAUCAAAUUUCACUACAUUGUAUUGUGUGUAUGUGAUGAAUUAAGAAUAAAAAAAGGUUUUUUUUUUUUAAAACAAGGCGAUAAGCAUGGAAUAUCUAGCCAGAGAGACUCAUAUAUGUUUUGAAGGUUUAACCAGUCAAUGUAUAACAGUCUGGACAGCAUCAUGAAACCAAGCCUGCUAUGGCACAUAGAGAGCGAAAAUGCUUGAUUAUAGAGAGAACAUUUUGAGAGGUUUACACACUGUGCCUUGGGGUCAAAUGAAAAUAAAGUGCAGACACUUGAA